AGUGCCGAGAGCGUCCCGUGGGCUGGCCGGAGCUGCCGGCUUUGACCGCGGUCGGCAGCGCGUCCCUUCUCGUCCCGCCGCGAGAUGAGCAGCCCCGAUGCGGGCUACGCCAGCAGCGACGACCAGGUGCAGGGGCGGUGCUCGCUGCCCAUCAUGAUGCCGGCCGUGUGCCCGUGGGCAGAGUCGCUGAGCCCGCUGGGCGAGGCGAAGGCGAAGGGCGGCUCGGCGCCGUCGGGCGGCCGGAGCAAGGGCGAGGCGCGGAUCCGGCGUCCCAUGAACGCUUUCAUGGUGUGGGCGAAGGACGAGCGCAAGCGGCUGGCGCAGCAGAACCCGGACCUGCACAACGCCGAGCUCAGCAAGAUGCUGGGUAAAUCGUGGAAGGCGCUGUCGCUGGCGGAGAAGCGUCCGUUCGUGGAGGAGGCGGAGCGGCUGCGGGUGCAGCACAUGCAGGACCACCCCAACUACAAGUACCGGCCGCGGCGGCGGAAGCAGGUGAAGCGCCUGAAGCGGGUGGAGAGCGGCUUCCUGCAGCACGGCCUGGCCGAGGCGGCGGCGGCGGCGGGGCCCGGGCUGGGCAGCGAGGUGGCCGGCGGCGGCGGCGGCAGGAUGUGCGUGGAGGGCCUGGGACUGGCGUACGGCGAGCAGGGCUACGCGGCGGCGGCGGGCGCGGGCCACUACCGGGAGUGCCCGCCGCUGGGCGCCGCGUUCGACGGCUACAGCCUGCCGACGCCGGACCCGUCGCCGCUGGACGCGGCGGAGAGCGAGGCGCCCUUCUUCGCGGCGGGGCUGCAGGAGGAGUGCGCGCUGAUGCCCUACGGCUACGGCCCGCACCCGGCGGCCGCCGAGUACCCGGCGGCGGCGUCCGAGAGCCCGUCGGGCGCGGCGCUGCGGCGGCACCUGCCGCCCGGGGAGGCGCUGGGCGCGGGCGGGUCGCUGCAGGCGCUGCUGGGCUGCCCGGCACCGCUGCACGCGUACUACGGGCAGUGCCAGCCGCCGGGCCCGGGGCGCGGCCCGCCGCCGCUGCCGCCGCCGGGGGCCGUGGGGCAGCCGUCGCCGCCGCCCGAGACGGCGCCGUGCCGGGAGCAGCUGGAGCAGCUGCCGCCGGAGGAGCUGCUGGGCGAGGUGGACCGCACCGAGUUCGAACAGUACCUGCGCUUCGCCUGCAAGCCCGAGCUGGGGCUGUCCUUCGGCGGCCACGACGCGGCCGCGCUGUCGUCGCCCGAGGGCGCGGCUCCCAUCUCGUCGGCCGUGUCGGACGCCAGCAGCGCCGUCUACUACUGCGGCUACCCCGACUUGUGAGGGGCUCGCCGGGGCUCGGCACGGACACUGGCAGGGAGGCGCCCGGCCUCUCUCCUAUUUAUGUAAUUUAUUUGAAUCUUGAGAACUGACAGGGUAUCCGUGACCUGCUCGAGGUUUAAAAGGUGGUGUGCCAUCUCGCUGUCCAGGUGGUGCGGGUCUUCCCAUCACUGUCCGACAGUGACAUGUUAAACUGCUCCUGCGGUGGAAUCAUGAUUCUAAUGGCACACGGAGAAUGAGUUCUGAGGUCUUGUUAGAGAUCCUUAUGCUUUUGUAUGUUUUACUGAGUGCUGGAUUUUAUAUGAUGGAUUUGUACAGCUAAUUUUGCACUUUUACAAUAAAGGGAAAAUAAUAAAACUGG